AUGACUUAUCUCGAGGAAGACGAUGCUGUUUCUGAGGUGCGAGUGAGAGUUGAAGAAGAAGACAGAAUCAAGAAAUUAGGGAAUUAUGUUAAACUCAGUGACAAGCUCGAAGAACAUCGACAAGAAGAUGAAGAAGAUUCAUCACCAUCUUCUUCUACUUCUUCUUCGUCUUCUUCUUCGUCUUCUUCUUGUGUACGGAAGCGAUCUCUCUGGUUCUGGAUCAAGCUUUCUCUUCUCCUCACACUUCUAGCUGCUUUAGGUCUCGCUGCUUACAAAUGGCUCGGUCCUUUAAUCAUGGACAAGGAGCUAAUCCCACUCAUAAAAUGGGAGAUGAGGACACUAACAUACCCUAUGUGCGGUCUUCUUGUAUUCUUAACCGUCGCGCUAUUCCCUAUCAUACUUCUACCGUCGACGCCGUCAAUGUGGGUCGCCGGAAUCACAUUUGGUUACGUCUACGGCUUCCUCCUUACGUUUCCAGCUAUAGCCAUUGGUGUCUCUCUUCCUUACUUCAUCAGCUACCUCUUCUGCCACAAGAUCCAAGGUUGGUUAGAGAGAUAUCCGGAUCAAGCUGCGAUUUUGAGAGCUGCUGGUGGAGGCAACUGGUUUCGCCAGUUUCGUGCGGUGACGUUAAUCCGGAUCUCGCCGUUCCCUUUCGUUGUUUAUAACUACUGCGCGGUUGCGACUCGUGUGAAGUACGGUCCUUACAUUGCUGGUUCUCUCUUAGGGAUGGUGCCUGAGAACUUUGUUGCACUUUAUACAGGGAUUGUUAUUAGGAAAUUGGCAGAUGCAUCUACAGAGGAACAAAAGGGGAUGUCGAUUUUUCAGAUUGUUCUUAAUGUUUUUGGACUUGUAGCAGCUGUUGUGACAACUGUUCUCAUCAUGAAGUAUGCGAAAAGACAGCUUCAGGGUAUGAAGAAAGAGGAGGAAACUUUGUUGCUGCAGUGA